AUUUCCUCUUCUUAUAAAGACACCAGUCAUAUUGGACUAUGGCCCACUCUAAAUACUUCAUUUUAAUUUAAUACCCCUUUAAAAACCUUAAGUCCAGAUACAGUCACAUUCUAAGGUACUAGGGUUGGAGCUUCCACAUACGAACUUGGGGGCUACCAGUGGAGGUACAUAACUCAGCCCAUGUAUAAACAACUUUUUGUUUGUACAAACAACUUUUUCUUGUUCAAGGAAAAGUUAAACUUUUGUACAAACAACUUUUUCUUGUUCCUCUUACAGUAGGCACAAAGCCUCUCUUUUAUGAUCAGAAAUAUGGCUCUAUGUUGUGUUCAUAAAUGGUUCCCAGGCUAGUUGGGAGCAAUGGCUCUCAUGGUUGUUGUUUGUGGCACCCAUUGUACUGGUUAUUUAUGUAACUAUCACGCCCAUUCAUUAGUCUUCUGAGGUAGUUAGAAAGCUGCUUUCUGAAUCGUUCCUUCUUGUUAUGACAGAAAAUUUUAAGAUUUUAUAUGCCAGAUAUGGUAGGCUCUUUACAACAGGAUCUAGGUCCCAAUGGCCAGCAUAUUUAACUAAUAGAAUAUUAUGUCAUCCUUCCUUGUUCACUGUGAAUGCUGUAGAGAAUUUAUUCAUGUGCCUGAGGGUGCCUCAUAACAGUAAAGCUCAAUGUUCAAUGUUGUUCAUACUCCUUCUCUGUCAGUGCCUGCACCUAUUAUAAUUUUCCAUUCUAAAAUGAAAGGUUUGGAAUAAACUAUUUCUAACAUUGUUGGUUAAUCUACAUUUUGAGCUCCAUAGAUUGCUUUUAUGUCUCACCAGACUGAGGAUGAGUUCUCAGUUCACCUUGAUUUCUUAUCUAGCCUCCAUUCCCCAAAGCCAGGAGGCAGUGCUCAUGAAAGCCACCGGCUUUCCACUGGGGAGAGGCUAGUAGCUACCCUUUCUUUUCUUAUCUAUAGUUUGCUCAAGACUGCCCCCAACCUGAGAACUAUUAUAGGUUCUUUAGAACUGCAUGAUAUUUAUAAAUAAAAAAGCUGCCAUGAUAGGUAGCUAUGGAAUAGGUCACAAAUUUGAGUGUGCAUUGGAAUCACCUGGAGAUCAUUCUAGACCUACUGAAUCAGAAACUCUAGGGAUCUGGGCAUCUUUCCAGACGAUUCUGUUGCCUUCUAAAGACUGAGAGCCCCUAAGCUACCAUAAUCCCUUUGUUCCUUUGUUUUCUGUUAUGUAAAAUUUUGCUGCUCACUGAAAGAAGUGAGCAAUAAAGCAAUUCCUCCUUCCUUCCCUAUUGGAUCUGGUUUUCUGGAUAGAUUAUAUGUAUGCCUGAAAAGAAAAUUAGAAAGCAGAAGCAGAUUUCUGGUAGUUGGUUGUGAAUUUUCUUUUGAAUUCUUCACCUCCAUGUGAAUCAAAGCCAGAUUUAUUAUAGCAACCUUAUGAAUACAAUUUACCAGAGCCUAUUAGAUUAUCCUUUAAUCACAGUGAGAUGGAAAGUCAAUGGAAUUGUUUAAUUUUUUUCUUUCUCAUUUACCAUAGUUCUCUUUUUAGGAUCUCAUAGCACAGAAUCAAGCUACUGGAUACUGAGGCAAAAUGAAGGACCGGCUAGAAGAGCUUCUGGAGCUGUCCAAGCGCUAUGACCAGCAGUUCCCAGACGGGGACGACGACUUGGGCUCGGCCCACGAGGACAUCGUGUUCGAGACGGACCACAUCCUGGAGUCCUUGUACCGGGACAUCCAGGACAUUCAGGAUGAAAACCAGCUGCUGAUGGUGGACGUGAAGCGGCUGGGAAAGCAGAACACGCGCUUCCUCACGUCCAUGCGGCGCCUCAGCAGCAUCAAGCGCGACACCAACUCCAUCGCCAGGGCCAUCAAGGCGCGGGGCGAGGGCAUCCACCGCAAGCUGCGCGCCAUGCACGAGCUGAGCGAGGCGGCCGAGGCGCAGCACGGGCCGCACUCGGCGGUGGCGCGCAUCGCGCGCGCGCAGUACAGCGCGCUCACGCUCACCUUCCAGCGCGCCAUGCACGAGUACAACCUGGCCGAGACGAAGCAGCGCGACAACUGCAAGAUCCGCAUGCAGCGCCAGCUGGAGAUCAUGGGCAAGGACGUGUCGGGCGACCAGAUCGAGGACAUGUUCGAGCAGGGCAAGUGGGACGUGUUCUCCGAGAACCUGCUGGCCGACGUGAAGGGCGCGCGGGCGGCGCUCAACGAGAUCGAGAGCCGCCACCGCGAGCUGCUGCGCCUGGAGAGCCGCAUCCGCGACGUGCACGACCUCUUCCUGCAGAUGGCCGUGCUGGUGGAGAUGCAGGCCGACACCCUGAACGUCAUCGAGCUCAACGUGCAGCAGACGGUCGACUACACCGGCCAGGCCAAGGCGCAGGUGCGCAAGGCCGUGCAGUACAAGAAGAAGAACCCCUGCCGGACCCUGUGCUGCUGCUGCUGCCCCUGCCUCAACUAGCCCGGAGCUCACCUAGCAGCUUCUGCCCCAGCCCCUACUGGGACCGCCAGGGAAGCGCGCUGGAAAAGCCCACCAGAGCCAGCCCUCUGCACUGGGGGAGUCGCCCCGACUCCUUAGGGAACUCAGUCUUUAGAACGGAAAGAGGAAACACGAGAUUCAAGAAUUGCAACCCAGCUGGUGCUUGGAAAGAUAGCUGAUAACCUUCCAAUGGUUCUUCAGUAAAGACAGAUUGCUACUAAAGUGGUGUGAAGUCAUGAUAGACACAUUGAACUCACCCUCUCCACAGGAGCCAAAUGAGGAACUGACGGGUACAUGUCCAAGGCGUGCCUCCUUAAGGACUCAGGGAGGAAAGCACUUUUGCAUCCACAGAAUAGCAUGAACUCAUUAUCAAAACUUCAGUUCGUUUACUUUGUCCUGAAAGUUCCUUGGUUCAGUUCAAAUUUGAGUGAAAUUGACCUUGGAAAAACCUUUACAUCCUUUCUUUCUGAUUCUUCACAUAGUUUAUGGCUGCUAUGUGAUUCCCCCCAAAUGCUCACCUCCCCUACUUAUUAAAUCAUAUUGAACACUUCCUAUUUUCUUACCUCUUUCACUUUAAAUAUAUUUCAGCAGAUUAUAUUUUGGGAUUAUUUUUCCAAAUAUUUUUAAGCACUGAAUAUUGAACAAUCACUCAAACUGAAGGAUAUGGCAGUCACAUUUUAUGUAUUUUUUCACAGAUAAAAGUUAUUUUAAAUUUACCUUUUUUACUUGAUUACAUAUGCAUAUGUAUGUAAAAUACUAAUAUUCACUAAGGCAUGUACAUAAUGAACAAUUGGUUUAACUUUCCUUUUGUAAAUAUGGUACAUAAAUAUCAAGAAAAACACUUUUUCUGGCUCUUGGUUUGCUUGUUUUGAGCUUUUCUCACUGUGGUCUGCAUCUCCAUAGUCCAGUUUGGGUCAGAACUUUAUUUUGAACAACUCUGUGUUGGUUGUGGCAGUAAAGACAGGUUUUGAAGGCUGAAAAACAUACAGAACUAGAGAUAAUAAAAUAACAUUCUUAGAAAUACUA